GAUGUGAGACGAAUACAGAUAGAUCUUUCCUCCUUUCAGGUGUUGUCUUGCCACAUUCCUUUCCUGGUCAGUUCGGUGGAGGAUUUCAAGGACCACAUCCCCCGAGAGACUGACAUGAAGGUGGCCAUGAAUGUCUACGAGCUGUCCUCUGCUGCCGGUUUACCCUGCGAGAUUGACCCAGCCCUGGUGGUGGCGCUGUCCUCCCAGAAGAGCGAGAACAUCAGUCCAGAGGAGGAGUAUAAAAUCGCAUGUCUGCUGAUGGUGUUUGUGGCCGUUUCCUUGCCGACCCUUGCCAGCAACGUGAUGUCACAGUACAGCCCUGCCAUCGAAGGCCACUGCAACAACAUCCACUGUUUGGCCAAAGCCAUUAAUCAGAUCGCUGCGGCUCUCUUCACCAUCCACAAGGGAAGCAUAGAGGACCGUUUGAAGGAGUUCCUGGCUCUGGCCUCGUCCAGCCUCCUGAAGAUCGGCCAGGAGACGGACAAGAUGACCACACGAAACAGAGAGUCUGUCUACCUGCUGCUGGACAUGGUGAGGGGACGCUGAAGACAGGAGACUGGACAGACGGGCUCCUUCAUUUUAGGCUGCUAGUGAAUUAUUUUAACUGCUCUUUUUGCACUGGGAAAUGAUUAUAUUUAAAAUUUUAUUUAAACAAGAA